AUGAUCUUCACUUGCUCCUUCCCCAAGAACAACACUGUCGAAGCGGAAUGCUGCAAGUACGGACCCAAACCCGAGCAACUUUCCAGCUUCACGUUGAAGCAAGACCAGGCGACGUAUUGCGCGGUGGACAAGUUGGAUUACCUCAUCGGUUGUCUCGCCGAUCAUUCGAUCACCGUCGAUGAAUGCCGAGUUGACGGCAUUAACACUGCGACCGCAGCCAAGAAGUCGUACGCUUCCGCUUCAUCCCCUCCCACUCGCCUGGGAAUGCUCUGUCUUACUCUCCUUGGGCUCAGCCUGCUCGCCGGCGUUUCGGCCGCCCCUGCGUCGAACUCCACCGUCUGCAAGACUUUCAAGGUCAACUCCGAGUCCAAAUCCGACUGGGACGUGAACGCCCGCACAUCUCUGUCACCUCUUUAUCAGGGUGCCGCCGAUUGCCGUGGCUCUUCACGUUGCAGCUUGAAAGCCGAUGACGAGAUGCGCCCAACCUGGAAGGCUGAGUGGUUUGCUCCUCCUGGCGUCGAAGUGCAUGCCGAUUUCAAGGCUAUAGUUUCGAAAGCUAACGAGUUGGACCACAAGGUCUACGGCGAAGCGGUCGAGUUUCCAAAGGUCCCCGAGCAUGAACAAUGGGCGGUCCCUCCGGGGGCCGUUGUAAACGUGAAGGGCCAGGCAUCGGCCACGCGUAUUCCAGGAACAUUCAGCGACUGCGACAACGAGCAGGCCUAUCCCGGAUCUGUGUUACUUCCCCGCGCGGACCAGUUCUGGUACAAGGCUGUUCAGGGCCCUGCGUAG